UAUCUUCACUCCUCAGAACAACUUCAGUCUCUUUCUCAAUUCUCAGAAGUUAGAUCAGAUCUCAUACAAAAAUGGCGAAGGAACCAGUUCGCGUCCUUGUCACUGGUGCUGCAGGACAAAUUGGUUAUGCUCUGGUCCCCAUGGUUGCUAGGGGUGUGAUGUUGGGUCCUGAUCAGCCCGUAAUUCUCCACAUGCUCGAUAUCCCACCUGCUGCAGAGGCAUUGAAUGGAGUGAAAAUGGAGUUAGUUGAUGCUGCCUUCCCUCUUCUUAAAGGUGUUGUUGCUACAACUGAUGCUGUUGAGGCAUGCACUGGUGUCAAUGUUGCAGUCAUGGUUGGUGGUUUCCCAAGGAAAGAAGGCAUGGAGAGGAAAGAUGUGAUGUCAAAGAAUGUCUCUAUUUACAAGUCCCAGGCUGCUGCUCUUGAGAAGCAUGCUGCAGCUAACUGCAAGGUAUUGGUUGUUGCUAACCCUGCAAACACCAAUGCAUUGAUUUUGAAGGAGUUUGCACCAUCUAUUCCUGAGAAAAACAUUACUUGUUUGACAAGAUUGGACCAUAACAGGGCCCUUGGCCAAAUCUCAGAGAGAUUGGGUGUUCAAGUCAGUGAUGUUAAAAAUGUAGUCAUUUGGGGAAACCACUCAUCUACGCAGUAUCCUGAUGUUAAUCAUGCCACUGUCAAAACACCAGCCGGAGAAAAGCCAGUCCGUCAGCUUGUUGGAAAUGACGAAUGGUUGAAUGGUGAGUUCAUAACCACUGUCCAGCAGCGUGGUGCCGCAAUUAUCAAGGCUAGAAAAUUUUCCAGUGCUCUCUCUGCUGCUAGCUCUGCUUGUGACCACAUACGUGAUUGGGUGGUUGGAACUCCAGAGGGAACUUGGGUGUCCAUGGGUGUCUACUCUGAUGGCUCAUACAAUGUUCCAGCUGGUCUCAUCUAUUCCUUCCCAGUCACUUGCAAAAAUGGAGAAUGGUGUAUUGUCCAAGGUCUUCCCAUUGAUGAGUUUUCAAGAAAGAAGAUGGACGCAACAGCUGCAGAACUGUCGGAGGAGAAGGCUUUGGCAUACUCUUGCCUCUCUUAAAUUCGGUUUGCACACAGCAUCUUAGGUCUUUGAGUAGUGUACUUCAUCAAUUUUGAAAUAAGUGCGGAUAUGUCCCUCCCUUGAAAGUCUCUCUUUGACGAGAGAUAUUCUCCUUUGUAAUGAGAAAUAUUGUCUUUUGCUCGAGCGGUUUAGUGAUGAAAUUUGUGGAAAAAUCUCAACUUUUGGGAAAUCCAUUUUGCAGUGCUGUGAUUGGAUAUGAAUGAAAUUGUCUACUUCACUUUUUCUU